ACAUGCGUGCGAGGUCCGAGGGGGGGAUUAUGGCAUUUAAAAAUGGCGUAACAGGCUCGGCGUAUGGAGCUGAGGUUAGAAGAUAAGAGAGCAGUGCGUGUCUUUUUUGUAAUUCAAUGAUGCCCGUAUCUAGCGCGAGGAUGAGGCGGCUGUUGAAGACGACCGGGUCCGCGCUGCGGACUCGCGCGGAAUUCUGCCGCGCCAUGUGGCUGAGGGGCGCGAAGAGCGUCGCGAGACAAAGCUACACGAAAACCGUGCUGCUGCCGCAGACCAAUUUCCCGGCGCGACUCGGCGGCGCGAAACGACUGGAGAUGGACAGUUACUUGCUAGAGAAAUGCGGCUUCUUGGAACUGUACAACUGGCAGCGGAAGAAUCUCGAGGGGCCGGACUUUGUUUUGCACGACGGGCCGCCGUACGCGAACGGAGAGCCGCACAUGGGCCAUGCUAUUAACAAGGUCCUCAAGGAUAUCACGUUGAGAUGCAAGAUCGUAACGGGCAGAAGGGUGCAUUACGUUCCAGGCUGGGAUUGCCAUGGCUUGCCAAUCGAACAGAAAGUGCUCAGAGACGCAAAAGAUGACGGCCCCUUAGAGAUUCGUCGCAGAGCCAGGAAAUACGCGAGCGACGCUAUAGCAAAGCAGCGACAAGUUUUCACGUCGUGGGGCGUCAUGGCCGACUGGAGCGAGUCGGGGUGUUACUUCACGAAUCACCCAUCGUACGUGAAGAACCAGAUGCAACAAUUUAUAAACCUGCACGACAAAGGACUCGUGUUCCGGGCCUUCAAACCUGUGCACUGGUCACCGUCCUCCAGAACAGCAUUGGCGGAGUCGGAAUUGGAGUACAACGAGUCGCACAAGAGCAGAAGCGUUAUCGUUCGCAUGCGACUCGACGCACAUGCGUUGGCCUCGAGAUUAAAGAACCUUGAGAACAAGCCGCUCUAUGCCCUCAUUUGGACCACUACGCCGUGGUCGUUGAUCGCUAAUCAAGCUAUAAGUUUCUCCAGUAACACCGUGUACUGCAUUGUGGAAGACAAUUCGAAAAAUCUGUAUAUUCUUGCGCAAGAGUGCUUGGCAAAUAUUGAGCAGAAGCUCGGUCCGUUAAAAUUGAUUGCAACUAUCACGGGGCAGGAAUUGGGCGAAGCCAAGUAUCUUCAUCCUAUCAGCAAACAACGUUUGCCGUUUCUACCUGGACGUCACGUCACAACCAGUGUCGGUACUGGAUUAGUUCACACAGCUCCCGCACACGGUCCCGACGACUUUCUCGUUGCGAUUGAGAAUAAUAUACCAGUGUUAUCUUUGAUAGACGACGACGGAUGUUUCACGAAAGAAGCGGGCGACGAGUUCUCUGGCCUAGAUGUCCUAAACGAUGGCGCUACCAAGAUCUUGGAACGCAUCGGUGAGGACGUGUUGCAUGCAGACACGAUCACGCACAGCUAUCCGUACGAUUGGCGAACCAAGAAGCCCGUCAUCAUUCGCGCGAGUCACCAAUGGUUCAUAGACAUUGGGUCCAUAAAGGAGAGGGCGAUUGACAGCAUCGCGAAUAUAAGGAUAUACCCGGAGCAAGAUCGGACGUCGUAUCUGAACGCGCUGAUCGCGCAAGUUAAGCAGCGGCCGUACUGGUGUAUCUCCCGACAACGGUCCUGGGGAACGCCGAUACCAGUGUUGCACAAUAAACGAACCGGUGAUACGUAUACGAGCAGAAAAUGGGUCGAGAGACUGUGCAGACUGAUGGAGCGACACGGCACCGACUAUUGGUGGGAGCUGUCGACCGAGAAGUUAAUUGGUCGCGAGCUUCGGCAGGAGUUGAACGACGAUAUAGAUGAUUUGGAGAGGGGAACCGAUAUCAUGGAUAUCUGGUUGGACAGCGGUCUUUCGUGGUCGAUCGUUUUGCCGGAACACAAGGCAGAUUUGUAUUUAGAAGGAAUGGAUCAGUUUCGCGGUUGGUUUCAGUCAUCAUUACUAACAUCCAUUGCUCUUCAAGAACGUUCUCCUUACAGCGCGCUAUUCGUGCACGGAUUUGCUGUCGACGAUAAAGCCUCGAAAAUGUCGAAAUCAGUUGGAAACGUCAUAAAUCCCGAGACAAUUACCAAAGGUGGAGCUAACUUGAGUAAAGACCCGGUGUACGGCGUCGAUACUCUAAGGUGGUGGGUGGCCAGCCACGGGUGUCAACACAGCCAGGUUCCGGUCACGACCGCGUUGUUGUGCGAGAGUCACGAAACUGUACAGAAAUUACGCUUAGUCUUACGGUUCCUGUUGGGCAUUUUACACUCGUACAACGAGGGAACCGCAAUCGAACCGGAAUACCUCUAUCUUGACAAGUACAUGCUACAUACUCUGCAUGAAUAUAACAAAGAGAUUCACAGCCUGUAUGACAAUUAUUUGUAUCAUCACGCGUGUAAAUUGGUGACGAAUUUCGUGACCAACACCGUGUCGUCGGUAUACUGUCACUUGACUAAAGACAGACUCUACUGCGACGAAGCAGCAUCUCCGGCGCGUCUGGCCGCGGUAGAGGUGACGCGCGCGACCCUGACCGUACUCGCGAGAUCUAUCGCGCCGAUCGUCCCGCACUUGGCGGAAGAGGUGUGGCUGUACCAUCCUGAGAAUCUGGCGUCAGUGCCAUUGUAUCAUACCGAAUACAAAGUGCCGGCGACGUGGCAUCAACCGGAAAUCGUCGGACUCGUAGAGACGGCUCUAAGCUUGAGAAGCAAGGUCAACACACUGGCUGAUCGUAACACCUGGAAAUUCUCGGGCACCAUAAGCGCUUCGAGGGAUAACUAUGAAUCGCUUUCGAUACUUCAAAAGGAUGGGGAGUCCUCUACGUCAGAAUUAUGCGAAAUUUUGCAACUCUCGUCAAUUACACUGGUGGAAUCGCCCACGGUAACCGAGACGCAGGUCGAGUUACACAAUACUGACAAAAUGCUCUGCCAAAGGUGCAGGAGACAUCCCGAAUUAGACAAAAACGGUCUCUGCAGACGUUGCAUUAAGGUACUUGACGUGGCGAAUGUGUCAUCGGUAUCCGUGUAAGCGUUAGUGAUCGGCUAUUUCUUAACUAUCGUUCAUUUUGCUAAAUAAACCAAUGUAAAAGAACUUCUCGCCUUGUCGAAAAUUAAA